GCGAGUGGCGUGGCGGCGCGGCCAAUCGGGGGCGAGGGCGGUUGCUAAGGGGGCCGCGGCCGCCAGGGCCCGGCUGCAGACGGGCGGCAGCGACGGUUGGAGGCGCCGGCGGCCGCGCGGGCCGGGCCUGCAGUGUUGAUGCAUCACAGCUGGUGAAGUCCUUUUUAAAAGAUAGCCUGGCAUGGAGCGUGCUCCCCCUUUACUCAGCAGUGAGCCACGUCGCUGACCAAAGAACAGUUGUCAUGUGCUUGGACUCUGACUGCUGGUGAUACUCUGAAAAGCACCUCUGAGCUCUGUCACAGUGUGGGGAAAGGAAUGAUUGGAGUCUGAGGACAACUGAGACUUGGAUAGUAUGAUGCUGCAUUUCAAAAUAUGGUGAAGGAACAGAGUGGGCUCUUGGGGUUUUUUUUUCAGUCUACAAUACACUUCAUGUUAGCUCAUUUAGCUAUUUGUGGCUUAAUGCUAGCAGCAUCAUGCCUGCAGCUUUAGCACAGUAGUAUUCAGCCAGCAGUGCUGAGCAUGCACUGCCUGGUGCUCUGGAACUUUUUUCUUCAACUUCUUCCCUUGAGCUUGAUGCUACCUGCUGACAGAAGCUAAUGUGAUAGGGUAACUCGGCUAGCAGGUGGAACCAGACAAUAAAAGCUGCAUCUACUGAGGCCUGCCAGUUACUUCUAGCUUGAAGAAAGUGACACUGGUUCAAAAUGAGUGCAAUGUUGGAAACCCCUGAACUCCCAGCAGUAUUUGAUGGGGUGAAACUGGCUGCAGUUGCUGCUGUUCUGUAUGUUAUUGUUCGCUGCCUGAACUUAAAGAGCCCGACUGCCCCUCCUGAUCUCAUUUACCAGGACUCUGCUUUGUCCCGCUUUCUACUCAAAUCCUGCCCACUUCUGACCAAAGAGUAUAUUCCGCCCCUGAUCUGGGGGAAGAGUGGACAUAUCCAGACUGCCCUUUAUGGGAAAAUGGGGAGAGUGAGAUCACCACAUCCAUAUGGACUUCGCAAGUACCUCACAAUGGCAGAUGGAGCAACAGCAACCUUUGAUCUCUUUGAGCCGCAGUCCGAGCACUGCAUUGGAGAGGAUGUCACAAUGGUAAUCUGCCCUGGGAUUGCUAACCAUAGUGAAAAGCAGUAUAUUCGCACUUUUGUUGACUAUGCGCAAAAAAAUGGUUACAGGUGUGCUGUACUGAAUCAUUUGGGAGCCCUACCAAAUAUUGAGCUGACUUCUCCACGAAUGUUCACAUAUGGUUGCACCUGGGAAUUUGGUGCCAUGGUUAAUUACAUCAAGAGGACCUACCCUCAAACCCAGUUGGUUGUAGUAGGCUUCAGCCUGGGUGGAAAUAUUGUGUGCAAGUACCUUGGAGAGACCCAGGCCAACCAGGAGAGAGUCCUGUGCUGUGUCAGUGUGUGCCAAGGGUACAGUGCACUGAGGGCCCAGGAAACCUUCAUGCAAUGGGAUCAGUGUAGAAGAUUUUAUAAUUUCCUCAUGGCAGACAACAUGAAAAAGAUCAUCCUUUCUCACAGGCAAGUUCUUUUUGGAGAUAGCAUGAAGAAGCCACAGAGCCUGUCAGAUGCAGAUCUGAGCAAACUCUACACAGCAACGUCCCUCAUGCAGAUUGAUGAUAAUGUCAUGAGGAAGUUCCAUGGCUACAGUUCCCUGAAGGAGUACUAUGAAGAAGAAAGCUGCCUACAGUACUUGCACAGGAUCUAUGUUCCUCUCCUGUUGGUUAAUGCUGCUGAUGACCCUCUGGUGCAUGAGAGUCUUCUAUCAAUUCCAAGAACUCUUUCAGAGAAACGGGAAAAUGUCAUGCAUGUGCUGCCCCUUCACGGAGGCCACCUGGGCUUUUUUGAGGGGUCUGUACUCUUCCCAGAACCUCUUACUUGGAUGGAUAAGCUUGUGGUGCAAUAUGCCAAUGCCAUCUGCCAGUGGGAGAAGACAAAGUCUCACUGCUCAGACACAGAGCAGGCUGUAUCUGGCCAGGAGUAACUGACCCAAAGACUCUCUGGAUCACUUCAGUAUAUCUCCCCCUUUGGGAACUCUUUGUUCCCUCACCUGCUGCUUCAGGUUUCCAUUCUCCUUGAUAUCCUAGGGCUGGGAUUUGAUCACAAUGUUUCCUUCUGAAAAGGAGUUACAGCAGAAGUUAAUAUCUGGUCAGAGCAUCUUUGCCUAUAUAGUUAUUUGGGCUUGUAACUUAUUGCUCUGCUUGAAUCAGGUUGCUGACUGUGGACUGUUACAGGGUUAUUGAGCUGAAGAGCUUGUUUUAAAUGUAUCAGGAGUUUCAAAUGUCAAAUUCCUUCACCAGCUGGUCAAACUUCAUGUCUGCAGCAGUUGUUUAGGUGUAGAUGACAGGCCAACUACAACCCUCUGACUCUGUUCUACUCUGUCCCAGUGCUGGAAAAACCCUGCACUGAGCCACAGCCAGUGGUUUGGUCUAGUAAGUGGCCUGCAAAAACAGAUGCCUAACUGCAAGUAGAGUGCCAGCCUUGCACCAUCUCAAGGGGGUCUUUUAAUUCCUAGGAAUGCACUUCCCAAAGUCAGUGGGUUUAAAGAUACUUAGCUUUUCCAUGCUUCUGCUGUCUGUGGUUUGGAAUGCUUUUAUGCUGGGACUCCAGGUAAAGAAAAGCUGCAGGUUGGCAAUACCAGUUAAUACUUUUCUAUCUGAACAUGUUCUCAUACCAAGACAAGAUCAAUCACCUCAUCAUAUUUGCCUCUUAUUUAAAUGUAGUUGUAUUUUUUUAGUACUGGAUUUUUGUUUGACCCAGGGCUGCUUAAAGCUGGCUCUGGCUUCCAAAUGGAAAUUGGUGAUUAUGAAUCUGCAGGAUCUUUCUCUGGGGUCAAAUUGGUUUUGAGGAUUUCAUAGAGAGUUGAUGUACACUGUUAGGGGCUGGUUUGUAGGGGAGGAAUGUAUUUGGUUUUUUCCUUUAGACUUCCCCUUAUGCCAGGCAGGCUGUGUCAAAAUUCUUCCCCUUAACUUUCAGAGCACUGAAUGGUUUUCAGGCACAUGAUUUGCCUUAGAGGUGAUGGGAACUGGAUGGCCCUAGCCCUGUGCAACUGAAGUAGUACCUUCAUAUGGCUAAUCACUUCCAAAUCUGUGUUAAUGCUGUAGGAUUACUGGCUCCAGUAAGACACUGAGCUCUUCCUCCCUUGAGUUCCUUUUCCACACUCAUACAUCUGCUUCUAGUUUUAAUGUGCAAAGUGAAGUGUGAAACCAUAUAUGCAGGAAAGAUGCCUACUCACUUAUCCUGUUCCCUCAAGUGGCUGUUAUGAUCUGUGCCAAGACAGUUAUUCCUGACUAGUCUCUCUCCUGGAAGGGAAGUUGCCCCAUGACAAUCUGGAGACAAACUUUGUGAUCAAAAUCUUUGCUUUACUGUUGCUGCUCUAUUGAUGUUGUGCUCCUGUUAAUCCAUCCUUGGGACACAGUCUCAAUGAAGGUUUUUUUCUCCUGUCAUACUUCCCACAUCAACCAGCACUUUAUUGCUUUAGCCUUGGUUUGUGUUCUAGGCACUUUAUAGCUUAAGGGUUGAAACAAGCUGCAAGACUUCAGUCCAGUGGCACAGGGGAACAAGCCUUCUGGACUGCCCUGUCCCUGAACUUUAGUAGGUUAGAGCAGUGGGUUUUUGUUUUAAUAAAGCAAUAACUAACUAUUGUAGCAAAGGUGCAUUAUCAUAUCAGGAAAUUCCUUUCAGUUUGCCUUAGGCCAGCCACUUUGGCCUGUUACAAUGAACUGUGGCUAUCUGCACAUUCCCUUUGUUAGUAGAUCCAGGUUUUCUUUUUUCCUCUCAAAGAAAAGGUGUGACCAAGUAAAGCUCUACAGCAAUACUUGGCCAUGCUUGUGGCUGUUUCUUAGGGACUAUUUUAGGGCAUCAGUUAGGAAGGAUAUUCUUAAAUGAUGGAUUUGUGCUAUUAUCCUCUUAUUCAUACUGCAUCUGUAUAUCACCAAAAUGUCAUACAAAAAUUAGAUUUUUAAGUAGCUGUUUAUGUAAUAUUCAUUGGAUGUGACUUAAAUAUCUUCCCUUCAACAGAGGUGGAGUGUAAGCAACACUUGUACACAUCAAAUAGAUACAAUAUAAACAGAGCUGUUUCAUCUCCAGUGGGUUACAGCUUCAGAAUUGUUUGAACUUUCAUAGCAAACUCUAUAGCUGUAGUUGACACAAGUCACUACAAGUUACUGCCUGCCUUGAGGUACAAAGUUGCCCUUCCCAUGGCAAGAGAUUCUGCCUUUGGAACACUUUGUUACUCACCUGGAAGAAGGAUGCAAUGUCAGACAGCUCUAGAGAAACAGAAGUUGUUCUUGGUACUAAUACUAAUGGGAAGAGACCAACAUGUAGAUACCUAUAGAAGGAAGGACUGCAUGUCUCUAGUAACUUUGAGAGCAAAGUACCUGCCUCCCUCAAGUUUGAGAGCCUUAUCAGAAGUGGAGGCUCUCUGCCCCAUUCCCCCAGUGGCUGAAGUUCUGCCUUUCUUCCCAGGAUCCCAAACUUCCAGAAGCAGUUCAGUUGGUUGAAUGGCCCAGAAUACAAAAGUAGGAAGUGAGAACUGUUUGGGUGCUAUCUGGAAAGGCUAAUGUUGAGGCAAAGCAAUUGUUUUCUAGCUUCUGGGUUCAUGUUAGGUGACACUGCUUUUCAGCCAAGUUAUGGCAGUCUCAGUGAAAGUGAAGCUUUGUUCUGCAAGACUUUUUGAAGAGCUUUUCUUCCUUUUUUUAAAGGAGGUUAGUAUCGACUGACUAGAUCUUGACUAAGCAGGUUUUCCUGCUUCUGAGGUGCAAGGAAGUUACCUUCUCAUCAACUGUAACGUUAGGUCUGACGAACUUCACUAUAGCAGAUGACUAGUCAAUGACCUCUUGAGCAAGCCUCUCCUAAGAUGGGGUGAGCAGCUAGGGAACUGACAAAGCAGCAGGAGCUGUAUUUUUGUCUAUUCUUGUAGAGAUUCUGCUUUACAAUCAAAGAGUUUUUCAGGAGGAGUAAUCCUUCCUGCCCCACAACCUAAGCCUUUAUUUCAAGAGUGCCAGUGCUAUGGACUUUCUGAAACUCAGCUAGAGAAGUAAUAUUAAUAUCGGGGCAUCUUGCUCCCUUGACCUGUUUUUGUACUUUGCACUCACAUCUACAGCUAUUUGAACUGCCUGUGUCUUGACCAGUUAUUUUUAGCCUGUUUGGGGAAGAAUUUUUGUCAUGGCUUGAACAUUGUGCAGGGGUUCUGGGACCUAAAAUACAUGUUAGGCUUGUGUAGAUGGGAGCAGUAAAAUCUUCCUGUCCUCCCUCCCUCCUCCCCCUGCCCCAGUUUGACAUGGCUUUUAAAGCAAGACUUAUGAUGACAAGACUAGCAGUGGUAGCCUAAAGAGACCUUGGAAGUGGGAGAGGAGAAAGCUGCAGUGCAUGCUAUGUAAAGACCUUCAGAGAAGGGAAUUCUGUAUUAAUUUUGCUGCUGACAGUGACUGUCAACUGGUGCCUCAUGCCCGUACUCAACAGAUGAAUAGGACUUUGUCCAAUUCUAAUCUGGAAUACUCCUCUCUCCCCACAUCAGGCAAUGCUAGUCUUGUGAUGUAGACAGAUGCCCUCCAUUUGGCCAGUGAACUCAACCUCAAGUGCAGUCAGAACAUAGCUGCUUAAAGCUGAAGUCUUCUGUGUGGUUAAGUCUUUAUUUAAUCUCUCUGCAAGACAAGUGAGCUUGUUCAAGUGUGCUCUUCUAGAUCCUUACAAUUUAGUCUGGUAAUGCAGCUCUUCAAGACUUUGACAUGAAAAAUCUUUCAUGAGCUCUGUUUAGUUUCAGGUUGGGAUUAGAAAAAGCAUUAGUAGAGCUCCUUAGCAUUUAGUCUUGUAUGGUAUGUAUACAACCUUCUCUCCAUUGCUGGAUGUAAGUAGCACUUGAUUGUAAACCCCAAGGACACUCCCCAUCAAAUUGCAAGUUGUGUGAUGGUUAGGCUGGUCCAACCAUCUUUGGAGAGAUCUGAAGGUUGUAGAAGAGCCGCUGGGGCUUCAUCUUACUGAACAUGAGGAACUAGCAGCUUCCAUUACAUCAGAUCUGCCAGCAUUUUUAAUGGUCACUUUUUGAGCUUCUAAAUUGAAAGUUCUUUUCAGAUGGGUCUAACUGUAGUCGCACUGCAAAGACAGAUAAUUGAACCAUCCUGCAGUUGUCUUCUGAGCACUACUUCUGCAAUUCCUGUUUGUGAAGAUGCAGGUUACAAAGACUGGGCAUUAAGCAAAGAUGGUAAGAACUGAUAUCUCCAAUACUGAAUUUAGCUAAGCUACCUGUGUGUCAUCUGUCCUGGUCUGUUACAAGUUCCUAGACCACAGCCCUUUGACACGUGGUGCCUUGCCCUUUUUUCCUCCUCCCUGGACAUCAGCAUAUCUAGAGACUUCAGUAACAGCUCUGGUCAGAGCUUUCAAGUUUUGCUUUUUAAUAAAUUUCUCAGCACUAAGUGAGACACCCCUGGUGAUGUACACUGUACAAGUGCUAUCAUACCAGUGCGUGCUGACUUAAAGGACCUCUGUGGGCAGCCUACAACUAGCUGCAGUCUAUUUUAAGGUUUAAAAUAAGGUGUAUUAAUAGUAGAUCAUCUUACAGCUGUCUGCUCCUCAAAUCUGCCUCUAGCAGUAGGGAUUGAGUUGUAGAAGGAGAGUUUGCUUAAGUGACAUGUUACUUUGAAAUCCCAAGGUUCUUAUGUCUAACUCUUUAGCAACAUAUAGCUGGAGGUGGAUUCUCUAUAAAUGACUAUCUGAAAGAGCAGAGGGGCACUUCAGGAGUUAAUUGCCAAACAGUUUAGUCACCUGGAUUGCUUCCAAGUUUUUCCUAGAAAUAUUAUGCCUAUCUGGGGCUUACUGAAGUUCUUCACAGCCUUUUUCAAGAUGACCAGAAAGGCCCUGGCCUUCUAUUGCAUGUAUAAAUCAUCUCUUGUAAAGAGCAUUUUGCUGCUUCUGGCUUGAGUCGUAUUCCAUGAGUCCUAGGUUGGGUAGUGUCCAGGGCCCAUUGUGACUCAAAACAGUGUCUCCUUCAGGAGUACCUGUUCUAGGCAAAAAACAGUUCUGAAAGUCUUCACACCAAGAGUUUCUGCUGAACUUAAGAUGCCUCAGCAGCACAGACCUAAAGAAGGGAUGCCUUGCAUGUGUACCCCUUCUGUUGCUGGGCAUGCUUGUUUUACUGUUGGCCUGGAUUUUUGAGCUGUUGGGAGAGUGUAGGUGUAAGUGCCACCAGUGCAUCAAAGCAGUUGCCAGAUGUUCAGUUUGUGCCGGAAGGGCUUCCAGGGUUAUUCUGAACUACUGCUUUUCAAACACCUGGCUUCUUGGUUUUGCUGGUUAAUGGCACAAACACUGCAGUCCAGGGCAACAUUUAUCAGGUUGAGUCUGCUGAUAUCAAACAGUCUUUUCUGAGUCUAUCUGAUAACACUUUCAGAAAACUCCAGCCCUGCAUCCCCUGUUCAUAAAGGCCAUAUCUUUCCUUCUCACUGGAUGGUCUUGCCUAAGCUGGGUAACUUUAAUGCCAGUAAGGAGCCUGAUCCCAUGAGAUGGCUCUACACAUACCUUUCUUGCUUUUAUGUAAAUGACAAGCUUAUGUUGCCUGUCUCUAGUCAUGCCACUGCUUUGAUUAGGCAAGUUCCUUCUAGGAUCUCUCUAAUGUCAUAGCUCUACUGGGAUGCUGACUCUUCUGAUGGCUCCUGUAAACUGGGGAGUCUUCAAAAAUAAAUCCAACAACUUGUGUUUGAUAUAACUAAACCCUACUACUUAGCCCAAGCAAACACCUCUCCACAGAACAUGUUUUUAAACACUAUUUGUUGGCUUGUCUAUAACUCCAAAUAAUAGAUCACAAGAGAUUUUUUUCUCAAGAAAGCACAACCUCUUUUCAAGAGAUACCUUUCUCUCUCUGAAUAUCCCCAAGGUGAAGAGGUAUGUGGACGCCUCAGGAAGCCAGAUCUGUGCCCUUAUGUUGUUCCUGCAGUUGUGUUAGAACAGGCUGAGUGAUUUCUAAUGUUCUUGGUAAGCAGCACAGUUUACUGUGGAAAAUAUUUUAAAUUUGCAAACUUAUAUUCUGGAACCAUCUCUAAAUGCUGCCCUGAAAGCUUGUAUCAGAGAUACCCUCCCAGCUGCCAAGUUCUGAGUCAGAUUCUCUGAAGCUGACAGCUGCAGGGGAGAUGAUUUGCAACUAGCAAUGCAAUUUUUCUAUAUCUGCUGAUGUUUACCUUUAAAAUUAUAUAUAAAUAUAUAAAAAACAGUGUCUUUGAUUUUUUUCUUUAGUUUUUGUUCUUCUGUGGUGUAAAAUGGAGGUCAUUGCAAAACAAUGUAAUUUUGUUAACUUUGAUUCAGUGGGAUUUCUUAUUUAAAAAUAAAGGACUUACUGAAGUCA